AUGCUGUCUCCCUUCCUCGGUCUGUAGCAUUCCUUGCGUUUGUGUUGAAACCCCAGGCGUCCAUUAUUCUCUGCAAGAUGUCGGCUGUUUUGCGUGAGCCGGUCCAAUUGCCUUGUGGCUUGGUGCUGCCGAAUCGACUUGCAAAGGCAGCGCUCGCCGAGUCACUGGCUGGAUCGCAGAAUACCAUCACCCCGACUUUGUUGAAGGCGUAUGAGCGAUGGGGGCAGGGUGGUUGGGGGGCGAUUCUUACUGGAAAUGUCCAAGUCGACAUCAACCACAUGGGCCAACCCUUCGACCCGGCCCUCCAAGGCGACUACACCGACAAGACCGACCCCGCCAUGCAGCCCCUCCUCGCGAGCUGGUCCUCCUACGCCACCGCCAUCCAGCAGCACAGCGGCACCCCCGCCAUCGUCCAGCUGUGCCACCCGGGCCGUCAGUCGGCGCGGUUCGCCGGCCGCCGCGGCGUGUUCGCGCCCACCCUGGCCCCGAGCCCGAUCCCCCUGCAGAUGGGUGGCGACGGCCUGCUCGCGCGCUGGAUCAGCCGCUUUCUGUUUCCGCCGCCGCGCGCGAUGGACCAGACGGACAUCGACCGCGUGUUGCGCCAGUUCGUGGACGCCGCGCGCGUGAUGGCCGACAGUGGGUUCUCCGGCGUUGAGUUGCACGGCGCGCAUGGGUAUUUGAUUGAUCAAUUCUUGAAUGCGAAGACGAACAAACGCACCGAUGCGUACGGCGGUAGUGCUGAGAAGCGCGCGAAAUUCGUGCUGGACAUCAUCCGUGCGGUGCGCGAGGUGGUGCCGCGCGGGUUCGCGGUGGGCAUCAAGCUGAACUCGGCGGAUCACAGCUCGAGCACCUUCGAAGAGACGAUGACGCAGAUCCAGCUGCUGGUGGAGGCUGGUGUGGACUUUUUGGAGAUCAGUGGAGGAAGCUAUGAGAAUCCUGAGAUGAUGGGCCUUGACGCUGCCCCCAAGAGCGAACGCACCCUCGCCCGCGAGGCGUUCUUCCUCGAUUUCGCCCGCGAAACCCGCCAGCGGUUCCCCGAUCUGGUGCUGAUGCUGACCGGCGGCUUCCGGACUCGGGCCGGCGCCGAGGCGGCGGUCCAGCAGAAUGUCUGCGAUAUCAUCGGGCUCGGUCGUCCUGCGGCCAUCGAUCCGGAUCUGCCCAAGGUGUUCCUGGACGACGGGCUGGAGGAGGAGAAGGCCCGGUUGGUGCUGGGGCGCGUGCCGGUGCCGGCGUUGGUGCGCUUGCUGCCUUUCAAGGGUGUUGGCGCGGGGUUGGAAUCGAAUUACUAUGCGGGCCAGAUUAAGCGGUUUGCCAUGGGAUUGAGGACUAUUGUUCCUGGGGUGUAGGGUGUUGGGUAGAGUUGGUGCAGUGUAUAGUCGAUGUAUGAGCCUUGAUUGAGAUGCGUUUAUAGAUGUAUAGAUCACACGACUGUGUGGUCUAUCGUUUAAUUGAUUUGGGAUAAAUGGAGUAGUAAUUGUUAAGCUGAUACUGUCCGAGGCAGAGGGGAGCCAUGUCAUAGCGAAGAAGUGGAUUUGACAUACAAAG